AUGAUGCCGCCGGCUAUCGAGGUGGGCAAGUCUGCCCUCUCGGUUGAAGAAGUUGGCGCGAAGGACAUGGACGAGGUUAACACCCACACAUCAGUGAGCCUAUGCAGCAGCAGUAGCAUCACCGAGGCGUACGGUCAAACGACGACAGCCACGACUGUGUCAACGCUGAGAGCUAGAGCGCCCAGCCCAAUCGUCAAGGGCGGUAGUUGCAGUAUUAGCAGCGGUAGCAAUGAAUGCGUCUCGUGUGAUCUGCGAAUCCCGACGCCGCCGACGCCUUGCGAAUUCCUCGAGGACUUUUCCAUCGCCUCCACUGCCGCGGUCGGCGCCCUCGACGUCAGGGUCAAGGUAGUCAGAGACUCAGCAGACCUGGCAUUGACACCGAUUUCUUCACUCAGCACCAAGUUGGCAAAGAGGAGACUGGCGCCGCCAUAUCCAAUUGACUUUUUUGAAACAACCUCGGCAGUGGCAGAGACAGCGGCAGUGGGCGGACCGGUGGGUGCGCUUGCGUCCGCCUCGAAGUUCGCACCGUCGCUUGGCUUUUCAUCCUCCAGGCCUGAGGACGCAUCGGCGCUUUCUGCCGUAGCUGCCCCACCGCCGGCUUUCUCCGUUGCUUCCUUCUCCAGGAACGGUUCGAGGCCGCCACUGCCGCCUGCGGGUCUGCACUCACAAUGCGACCCCUUACACCGAGAGAAGUGGACGACCAUCGACAAUGCCUCCGUCAGCUCGCUCUUUUCAACACCGCAGCAGACGUACGCCUCCCCGUGCGACUACGUGCCGGUGGAGCGCCGUUCGUCGCUGGAAACGUCGUCAUUACGCAACUGCGAGGGCUGUAGCUCUGUGAAAAGGGGGCUUCUCCCGCAGUUACAUGUCGGUAACAGCCCUGCGUCACUGAGGAGUUCCCAACACCCACUCAACAUCUCUAGUCCACACCACACUGAAGUCGGUUCCCAGGCAAGUGGCAAUGCCUUCGACACUCACUGGCAAGCUGCGAGCAGCCCGCCGCGGUGCCAUGGACACACCAGCAGCUCGACUUGCUCUCCCGCUGGUAUGGGAACCUUGAGGGGCUGGAAGGUUUCGGGGCUCAUGGAGGACGGAUACAGCUACGGUACUUGCGUAGAAGAUCGCUCGAUGGAUGGAGUGACCGGCGCGAACGGAACAUCGGCGGGCGCUUCUAGCGGUGCAGAGCAGAGCGGCUUAUCAGCUGGCAUGGGGGACGGCUGUGGCGGCAGACCCCAUUUGGUAGCGUGCGACAGCCGUAGUCCACCGACUCCGCCACGUGGGCUCUACCCAUCGGCGCCGUCCGUUUUUUCGGCAGCGCACGUAUCAGCCCCUCAGCAAAUCAUCGCGCCGCCACCUCACCCCGAUCUGAUGGGCUUGGGAGGCGGCGAGUGCGAGUAUAGCACCCGUAAGUCGCUGGGCUACACUGCUGGGCCAGAGUACGGUGACAGCCGCGGCAUCCGCUAUCGCGGCUACGUCCCGCAAGACGUUGAGUGCAUUGAACAUUUGGACCAUCUUCAUCAUGUCUGCCGCGAGAUUCUGCGAGAGGCGGAGAUGCUGCGCAUGCGACGCGAGCAACGGCGGUGGGAGCGCGUGUAUAGCGUCGACGAUAACAACGCGGAGGAGGCAUACUGGGAUGACACUCUUACGAUUGCCCUUGAUCUUGAGGGACGCUCGCUUGGGCGGAUGGGGUCUAUCUGCAUCAUUACUCUUGCCACCUACUCCACGGUAUACAUUAUUGACGUGGUGAUGCUUGGCCCAGAGGCACUGCGCGCCGGCUCGCCUCUGAAGGGUGUGCUGGAGUCGCGUGACAUUAUGAAGUUGAUGUUCGACGGCCGAGCCGACUGCGACGCACUCUUUUUUCUCUACUGCGUGCGCCUGCAGAACGUGUGCGACUUGCAGAUCUCCUCCUGCUUCGCGCUCUUCCCGACGUCGCCGCGUCUGCCGGGAAUGAAAAGCGUUUUUCUCGCCUUGGGACUCUUUACUGACGAGGACACAGGUAUCAAGAACGCCGGUCGUCGCCUCUUUAAUCCGCUCUGUGGCGGCAGCUUUGACCGGUGGGAGGAGCGCCCUCUCACGGACGUUCUCGUGCAGUACUGCGCUGUCGACGUCAAGUACUUCUUUGCCGCUCAACUUAUAUUGUCGGACCACGUUGAGCAGGGCUGUCGACUGGGCGAGGCACGGCUGACCGCCGUCUGCAACGGAAACUUUCGCGGCUCUUCUAAGAGCAACUCCUUUCGCGACUUUGACAUGUGA